AUGGUGCUCUCGUUGAUUACCCUGGCGGCCACAGUACCUCUGAUCGCCACAUCGACCAUCCAGCUUCAGGAGACCAGUCAGCGGAAACAGGAAGAGAGCGAGCUCGAGCUCAAGACGGAGAAAUGCCACCUCAACGGGCGAGCGACAAAACGAAUGAGCGCCCAGCGUCGAGAACAGUUUCAGGAUAUGAGGGUCGUCCUGGAUGGUGGAAACGUUUUCCUAGAGCCACAAGCUGUUUCGCGAAAGCAUCCCUUCACUGGCUACCUUCUACCAUACCCAGACAAAUCCUACGACGGCAUCGUCAGCACCGUCAAUGCCGAAAACAUGCUCAAUUGGAUUUUCAUCGACAAGGCCACCUACCGACUGAAGUAUGGCAUCCGUGCAGAGGCCCAGCCACAGUGGACUGGCCCUAUGACUUUGAUAUCCGGACAAGCAUUGAACGAGUGGAGGAUAGCAUUUGAUGGCUGGGAAGGAUUCGUAGCGGUCCAGGAGGACGAAGAAAGGUGGGCCAUUUAUUUCGACAAAAAUGACAAUGGGUUAGCGGGGAAGGUCGAGGGAAAGCCCGUGGUCGAAAUCGAAUUGGUCCGUACACCGCUGGAAGAAGAAACGAGGAGUGGUGAAGAGCCGGACUGA